AUGAUUAAAUCGUCUGUUGACAUAGAAGCCCUGGAAAAAGGCAUAUUAGAAAGAAAUCCUGGUAUGCUAUCCAAGGCCAUAACCUUGGUAGAAAGCAAACUUCAAUCUCAUCAAGAUGCCGCUUCUCUGUUGCUCAACCAAUUGAUGCCUUAUACUGAAAAAAGCGUUCGAAUUGGCAUUACUGGCGUACCUGGUGUGGGCAAAAGCACUUUUAUAGAAUCGUUUGGCGGAUUGCUCACCAAAAAAGGCCACCGUGUAGCGGUUUUGGCGGUGGAUCCAUCCAGUCCCAUUAGCAAAGGCAGCAUUUUGGGCGAUAAAACCCGAAUGGAAAAUUUGGCCGUAAACCCCCAAGCAUUCAUUCGACCAUCGGCUUCGGGGGGCACUUUGGGUGGCAUUGCCCAGCGCACCUAUGAAAGCAUUUUAUUGUGUGAGGCGGCGGGUUAUGAUAUUAUUUUGGUUGAGACCGUUGGCGUGGGACAAUCCGAAACUUUGGUUACUGGCACAGGCGACGAAUUGCAAGGCAUUAAACGGGGCAUUAUGGAAAUGGCCGAUUUGAUUUUUAUUAACAAAGCCAGCGAAGAUAAUUUGGCGGCUGCCCAACGCACCCAAAAUGAAUUGCACAAGGCCUUGCAUUUAUAUCCCAUGAAAUCAUCGGGCUACAAGGUGGAGGUGCUUAUGGGAGAGGCUUUACACGAUAUUGGCAUAGAAGCGGUUUGGGAUUUUAUUCAAGACCAACAAGCCCAUAUCAAAUCCACUGGAUUUUUUAAUCGCCAACGACAAAACCAACGAUUGGACAUAUUUAAAAGCCAUUUGGGACAAUUGGUAAUGGAUUAUCUGCAAAACAACCCAUCUUUUGAACAAGCCCUCAGUCAAGCCGAAAAAUUGAUUCAAUAUGGGGAAAUGCACCCAUUGUUUGGGGCCAAAGAA